UGUAUGGGACAAGCGGUUCUGAAAAUGUGUGUUUGUUGCUGUAAAUGUUGAAAAUUUGAAGAGAAAUCCUGAAUCGUAAUCCAAAUGUUGGUUUUAAAACUCUACUACGCUACAAAACGUAUUUGACACCCAUAAGGCCUCAUGCCGAAUUCCUUACAGCAGCUGCUCGAUUGACGGGAGCUCCAGAAAGGCUGAGAGUCACAGGCGCGACACAGGAGCUGCGCGGCGCUAAUGGCGGUAAAUGGCGGGUAAAGGAGAAGGACGAGGAGAAAAGAUGCCUUCCUCGGACGUUUCCAAGCUGGACUGCGGAGCGAUUUCUCCGGCGAAGCGCUUUCGGGUGGAAGCGGAGGCUGAGCUGAGACCCGUGCUGAAAUUCGCCAAGCUUUCCGAAAACGCCACGGUUCCCACGAGGGGCUCAGCCAGAGCAGCGGGCUACGAUCUCUACAGUGCAUAUGACUACACGGUGCCCCCCUUGGACAAAGCCGUGGUGAAAACGGACAUCCAGAUCGCCCUUCCUCCCGGCUGCUAUGGUCGAGUUGCUCCACGGUCCGGAUUGGCGGCGAAAAACUUCAUUGAUGUCGGAGCUGGAGUUGUAGAUGAAGACUACAGAGGGAAUGUUGGUGUUGUGCUCUUCAACUUCGGAAAAGAACCUUUUCAAGUGAAAAAGGGAGACCGCGUGGCCCAGCUCAUCUGUGAGAGAAUCUGCUAUCCAGAACUCGAACAGCACGAGAGCCUGGAUGAGACGGCACGUGGACAUGGUGGCUUUGGAUCGACGGGCAGGAAUUAAGAGGGCGUGUACUGUGACUUUUAAUACUUGAAUCAUACUUUUAAUGCAAUUUUUAAUAGAGCUCAUGUUUUAUGAGUUGCUAUAUGAAACUGCUCUCCCUGGAGUUUGUUAAAUCCUGAAUUUCUGCUGUUAUAAUAAAGUGUUUUUUGUUUUGUUUUUGUA